AUGAGCACUUUUCGUCAGCAGGCCGUGCCACUUCCCGCUCAUGCCUCGGCAGUAUCGACUAGCACGUCACCUCCCGCCCAGAAGAAUGCGCGCGCACCCUAUCCCGACAUGCUAGGCUCGCCGCCGGUCCCUCCCCCGAGGACCUCCUCAACUGCCCACAGUCGCCGCAGUCCAAAUGGAACCUCUAUAGAUAAAACCGGCAGCUCCCACCAAGGCAAGAGCAGGUCUGAUCGAAAAGACUCCCGUGAUCGCACGCGUGAUGACCGAAAUGGCAGAUCACGGAGGCACCAGCCUGAGGAAACGUCUCGCGAAACACAACAAUCAAGGGCGGCACUAUCAAUUGCAAACCCCACCGAGUCUGAAAUGGAUAGUCGUCAUGGCCGUGGAGACUUUGCCAAAGAACCAAGCGUGGAAGACAAUUCUGUGCUGGGCAAUGACCACGUUGUGUACCAAGAGCGAAAACAAGUGCGAUCAGCCGGCACAGAGAAUACCUCUUCAUCUGGAUUCGGUGCCGCUAGCGCCGACAUCGCGGAGGAGGCUCGUGGGCCUCGAAGUCGCCACGAUUACAGUAAUGGAAACGUUGUCAAGCGCAAGGAAACCACAUUUGGCUCGUACAUUCUCGGACAAACCCUCGGCGAGGGUGAGUUCGGAAAAGUCAAGCUAGGAUGGAAGCGCGACGGCAGCAUCCAGGUGGCAAUCAAGCUCAUCCGGAGAGACACUCUGGGGACAAACCCUAGCCGACUACCGAAAAUCUACCGUGAAAUCGCUAUCCUACGUGAGCUGGCACACCCCAACAUUGUGCGCCUCCACGAAAUGGUGGAAACCGACCGCCAUAUUGGCAUCAUCAUGGAAUAUGCUUCUGGAGGUGAACUAUUCGAUUACAUCUUGAAUAAUCGAUAUCUCAAGGACAAUUCUGCACGCCGACUUUUUGCUCAGCUGGUUUCCGGGGUUGGUUAUCUGCAUAAGAAGGGUAUUGUGCACCGUGAUCUCAAGCUGGAGAACUUGCUACUCGAUCGGAAUCGCAACAUCAUCAUUACUGACUUCGGAUUCGCCAACACCUUCGAUCCGGUCGAUCCUCUAGACGAGGAAAUCGAGUACAACUUAACCAACAAGGAAUACGUGAAACGGAAGCGGCUAGACAAGAUUGGUACAAAUGGGCUAAGGCGAGGUGAUCUGAUGCAGACCAGCUGUGGCAGUCCCUGCUAUGCAGCCCCCGAGCUUGUCGUGAGUGAUUCUCUAUACACAGGCCGGAAAGUGGAUGUCUGGAGUUGUGGUGUGAUUUUGUAUGCUAUGUUGGCGGGGUACUUGCCCUUCGAUGACGACCCAGCGAACCCAGAUGGCGAUAACAUCAAUCUUCUUUACAAAUAUAUUGUAUCCACCCCUCUCACAUUCCCAGAAUACGUCACACCACACGCUCGCGAUUUAUUGAGACGGAUAUUGGUUCCCGACCCUCGGAAACGUGCAGACCUGUUCGAGGUUGCCCGCCACAGCUGGCUCAGCGAGUUCUCGAACAUUGUGUCUCAUAUCACAAGCAGUACGACUGACGUUGUGGAUAUUGCUAACACAACGAUUCCGUCUGAAACCCAAAAAGACGCACCGCCUCUCGUCCGCAGUGCCUCAGUGCGCGAACCACCCAAGACACAUCAGAACAAUGCUCCUGCUGUUGGUGGUUUGAACCAUCAUGCUGGAGAUGUUUCUCAAGAUCCGCCGUCCGAAAAGUCCAGGACCCCCCGUGAUGCUAAGCGGAGAACGGUACAAGUAGAAUAUGUUCCUCCUCUAUCACAGACAACACGAGGAGAACCUCCGGUAGAACCGUCUACAUCACGCAGCCGAGCCCCGGCCCCAACCCAGGCCCAAAUUGCGGCUUCCGUGCAGCAAUUGACAGAGCCCGCACAACAGCAUGCAGAUGCAUCGGCACUCAACUUCAACAAGUCACUUCCAGGAUACUUCCCGCGCUCGACCUCAGACAAUGCAACACUUUCUGGGUCACACACAACUGCGAUGUCUCAAGGGCCUCGGCCAGCCACCGGUGCAUCUAUGAGCUCCCUUGGAAACACUGGUCGUCUGCCUUCUCGCGGCUCUUAUGGACAGCCGGUGGCUCCCACUGUUACCGCAACUAACACAGAAGGCCGCUUAGCACAGCCCAAGAGCAAACAAUUUGCCCUUGCACAGGAUCCUACGCAGGCAUCGAGCACAUCUAUCGGUCGUCCAAGCACCCAGAUCCAGCAAUUGCCUUCAACCUUCAACGUUACACCUCGACAAGAGCCGCCAAAGGGCCACAAGAGGUCCAAUACUGUCUCUAGCCUAGGCGAGAAGCUUUUCGGUCGUUCUGGUUCAUUAUUGGGUGGCCGUUCGCAGUCUAAUGCUACUCGUACAAAGCAGGACAAGCGUUACCCCCCUGUCAGCAUGAAGGAGCCUCAACUGAAAGACAACUCUAGAAUGUCCAUGGAUUCCCGCCGCUCGGUGCAUUACCCCCACAAUCGCAAAACAAGCGAGAAUGGCGCAGAAAACCGACCUCGUCGAUUCUCACUACUCCCACAAUCCUUCUCCUUCCGAGGUUUCUCUAAUGCCCGGGCUCAGACUCCCGAAGAAACCUCGCAGGUCCCUCGUUCCGUAGACCCCCGUUCUCCGCAACGCCCCGCCACGGACCCUUCGGGUCCAGCGCAGGGUCGUUCUCGGGCGACAAGCUAUGGCACGCAAGAUGCCAUGGGAAUUGUUGAUGAGGGACCUGGUGAUGAUGUUCACACCGAACCCGAACCUCUUAGCUACGAGGCUCAAAUCGAUCGACAGUUUGCAGACCUAGGAUCUCAAUUUGAUCACCAGAGUGGUUCCUUUGGAGUUCCCUCGGCUGAGCAAGUCUACCAAAACCCUGCAGACCAUUCUGGUCACCAAAACCAGUUGUCCAAGUCAAACUACUACGAUGACUACAACGGCCCAUAUGAGAACGUGCCCAAGCAGUCGAUGCAGGUUGGUCGAUUAGGGCGUGGGCCUGGUGUUUUGCACAAAACCCACCGCAAGUUUGCCGAUGCCUAUGAAAAUGAGCGCGAUGGUUCUCACCAUUCCGGCAGUUCUGGGGCAGCACGCAAAGUUAUGGACUUCUUCCGAAGACGUGCCAAGUCCCGUAUCGGUGAUGACCGUUGA